UCAUCGAUCAAUAAUUGAUCAGGAGUCAUUUGUCCGUGUAAUUAUACAAUCUAAUUCUUAUUAAUGACAGAAAUUAGCAUUAUUAGGCACAUCCAGUAGCAUUGCCAUGCGAAAUGAAAAACAGUCCGGAGAAUUGCAGUGAGUGCCGAGCAUACGGCGUUGAUAUCUCGAUCACUCCUUGAAUCUAAAAUAACAAAUUAAAAAUGCCCGGUGGUGUUGUUUUUCUCGUGUGUAUCCCCACAUUAUCGUACGAGCAUCAAUUGAUCUUCGGAGUUCCAGUGAAAGUAUCGAAAAAGAAUGAAAAACCCCCGGCGAAGAUCGGAGCGAAGGUGGACUUAAGAUUGAAAGAAGUAGGAAAUCGCGACUUGAUUACAAUUGGAGACACCGACAGUGAUAUCGACGAUCAAAAUGAUAACGAGAUGGCCGAGGGAAAUUUUCACGCGAGGAAGAGACUGAAAACUCGAUUGGGAUCUCCAGGCCCUAGUAGGACAACCAAAUCUCCAGUUUUCGUUCCCAUGGAGACCGUUCUGGAUGAAUUGUUGAAGAAACUCAGGGUGGAACAUGUGGUGUGGUGCAAAGACAAGGGGAAUAUGUAUUAUGAGGUCAUUUUUCCAGUACCCGCUGGAGAUCCUUGCGAAAAUUGUUUGCAUUGCUUGACGGAAAUGGGAAUUGGACGGCGGAUGAAUUCAAUUGUGAGUGUGAUCCCAACGCAAUGUACAUACAGUAGUUUGAACAAUUCGAGUCAUCUACCCGUCUCCACCGAUAUUAUACAGAAGAAAGAAGAUGCUGAGGAUCGUAGGAAUGCUUGGGAGGCCUUCGUAGGCUCCAUCCGUUCGAAAUUAACAGUGAAACAGGUUGUCGAUGGAGUUCGAUCCGGCGGCGAUCUUACGUUCGAUUAUAUCCUCCUGGUGGUCACUGCAGAUUGUCUCGCGGCUCUUGGACUUGUGGAAAAUAGCGCUACGAAUGUCGUUGCAGCUAUGCUGGUGUCCCCGCUAAUGGGACCUGUAAUGUCUUUGACAUUUGGAACAAUAAUCGCAGAUAAGGAUUUGAUAUGCGUGGGAUUGAAGAGUUUGCUUCUUGGGAUUUUCAUUUCGAUUUUGUUUGGAUUUAUCUUUGGACUCCUCCUGGGAACAACUGAGAUGCCCUGGGGGUACAACGAUUGGCCGACUGAUGAAAUGAAAGGAAGAGGGAAUUAUAGAUCACUUUGGAUGGGUAUUCUCUGGGCCCUGCCUUCAGGAACGGGAGUAGCUGUAGCUCUUCUUCAAGGAAGUAAUGGUCCACUCAUUGGUGUAGCUAUUUCUGCAUCAUUGCUACCACCAGUUGUCAAUUGUGGUCUUUUCUGGGCUCUCGGAUGCAUCUGGCUGAUCUAUCGACCCAUAAAAAUGCCCCACAUCAAAGGGGAGUCAUACGGAGACUUAAACACCUCUUACAAAUACGUCUACACGGAUUAUCUCCCAGUGGAGUUUUUCUGCAAUGGGAUAAUUAGCGCCUGCUUGACCUUCAUUAAUGUCAUGUGCAUUUUUAUCACUGCGAUAAUCGUACUCAAGAUCAAGGAAGUUGCUGCCCCAUACACCUCAACACCUGAAUUACGAAGAUUCUGGGAACAUGAUAUCAGAAUGGCGAGAGAUAAAAAUACAUCGAGGGAUGUUAGUUCAGUGGACUCAAGCUUUUAUGAAGGAUUGAGUAGGCCCAAACAAAGGGCAUUGGAGAGGACUUUGAAUGAAGCUGUGAGAGAGGCCAUGAAUGAUGAAACAUUCAGAGAAGUCAAGAGAUUGAGCUAUGGCCAGCAUGGGCCCGAUGAUAUUACACCGAGAUUAGGACUUGGUGCAAGUCCACCCGGGUCAGCCCGCCUGCAGGAGAUGAGUCCACCUCAUCCAGCCGAUGGUCCAUCAAAUCCUGAAAAUACUAGUGAGGACUUGGCUGCUCUGGAUCGACUCAUAACAUACCUCCUCGGUCAACCCAGUGGCAACCUAGAGAAUUGGAGACGUUCCCGAAGAAUGAGUGCACGUGGCUAUCGUCAGCUGCGACCCACUGUCAUUGAUUCUGGUGCCAACACACGUGCCUCCAACAUUGGCACGACGCGCUUGAUCUAAGGCUGAUGUUACUAUUUUGACACUGGGGAAAGCAUAGGCGAUCGAGUGAACGCCCGAUUCAGCCAUUAAGAGGGAAACCAC